AGUAAAUUACUUACUCUGUGGUAUCAUUCGCAUUUAAGUGCCGACUAAAUACAACGUAUCUACUAUUUAUAUUCAAGUAGUAGGUACUAGGUAGUGUUUAAUAACAUGCUAUCCAACUCCAAGGUCUGAGGUCUAGCGGAGGUAACCAGUCUCCAAUUGUCCACAGAGCAAAGGGCACAGAGUACAAUUUUAUUCAAAUACGCACUCGUCACAACAAGUGUUAACUUCAGAUUGUCUCGUAGUGUAAGAUUUCUAUCAAAAGAGUGUCUUACUUAGGGAUAUAAAAAAAUAUUUACUUAUAAAUGAUACAUGUUAAUUAUCAAAUAGUAAUAAGUAAUUUAGAACAUUUAUACACGUGAUAUAAUUAAUAGGUUUAGGAUAAAUUUAAUUAUCUACAAUAAACAAGAUAAGAUUUGUUAUGAAAAAACUAUUUGAUUCUUAAUCAAGAGCUUAUGUGAUGAAUAAAAACUUAAAAUAUACACAAAAUGGAAAACUUGCCUGAAGAAUCCAAGUAUAUUAUAGAAACUGAAGAGGGCCCUAUUUGUGGAUAUAUUGACAAAAGAGAUGAAGGAACGUAUUACAAAUUCAAAAGCAUACCAUAUGCAGAACCACCAUUGGGACGUCUUAGAUUUUUGCCUCCAAAGGCUAACAAGCCUUGGAAAGAUUUACUUGACUGCACUCAAGAUGCACCAGUGCCAAUGGGUUUUUUCUUAGAACAGGAAAUUAUUGGUUCUGAAGAUUGCCUUUAUAUUGAAGUUUCAACGCCCAAUGUCACACCUGAAGUACCACUACCUGUUAUGUUUUGGAUUGGAAGCUUCAGCUUCAUAUUUUACAUUGAUCAAAUUCUUGAUCCAACUUUAAUUAACAAUCAAAAUAUUGUGUUUGUCAGAUGCGGUUUUAGGUUAGGACCUUUUGGUUUCCUCUCUGUAAAUGAUUUUACUGCUCCCGGAAACAGUGGUUUAAAAGAUAUUGUCUUUGCUCUUAGAUGGAUGCAAAGGAAUAUUAGCAAAUUUGGAGGUGAUCCCAAUAAUAUUACAGCAUUUGGAAGUAGCACUGGAGGUGCCAUUGUACAUUUACUGAUGCUUUCACCUAUGGCAGAAGGCUUAUUCCACAAAGCCAUUAUACAAAGCUCUAGUGCCUUAAAUGGAUGGUCAUUAGGGAGGAAUCCUGUGGAGGGGGUAAUAGAAUUAGCUAAGCAAUUGGCCAUUACAAAAACAGACAAAGUUGAAAUUGUGGAAGAGAUGCGCACCAUUCCAGCUGAAGAUAUAGUUAAAGCAUAUAUUUUAUGUCAUCAAUUGGCCGAAAGAAAUGAUUCAUUUGACUCCAUCUUUAAACCUUGUAUAGAAAAUGAAUUUGAAGGCCAGUCUGUAUUUCUAAGUAAAAGUCCCGCUAUCAUUUUAAAAUCUGGCAAUUUCAAUAAAGUACCUCUUAUUAUAGGAAGCAAUAAUAUUGAAGCAUCUGUAAUACAAUACAUAAAGGCAGAUUUUUAUGAAGACUAUGAAAAGUUCAAUAAGAAUGUUAGUUUAUUAGUUCCAAAAACAUUAGCCAAUGUGAACUGUGAUAUUUCCAAAAAAAUUGGACAACAAAUACUAUCAUUCUACUUUGAAGGUGCUGAGAGUAUAAACGAACUCACAAGGAAACAAUAUUUGCAGUUUCUAACAGAUUAUUAUUUUCUAUAUUACAUGGACAAAACUAUAAGGAUACACAGUCAGGUCGCUCCUGAAUGCAAUAUUUAUUACUAUGUAGUACAUUACGGGGGAGAGUGGUAUGUGCCUAAGAUAUUGGACUUCUUUAAUUCCAUAGGACAUGCGGGCGAAAUACCAUUUCUAUUCAGAAUAAAAUCAUCAACAUCUGAAUACUAUAAAGGAAGCCGAGACUCAAUUAUAACAAGGAACAGAGUUAUUAAAAUGUGGACAAAUUUUGCUAAAUAUGGAAACCCAACUCCAACAGACGAUGAUAAUUUGUUGCAAAUAACGUGGGAUCCUGUGGAGAAUGAGAAUAAGCUUAAUUUCUUAAGUAUAGGUGCUGAAUUGACGAAAGGCAGAAAUCCAUUUUAUGAACGUAUGAUGUUUUGGGAGAAAUUACAUCAAGAACAUGUUUUAUUGAAAAUAAUAACACAUUUUAAUGAUAUGGGCCUAAAAUUUUAAGUUGUUAAUAUAUAGUUGAUUUUUUAUGAAGUUUAUGUAUAUUCUGUUGAAAUAAUUGUUUUUAUUAAUUACUGUUAAUUAUUGUACUUUUACUAUAUUAUCUCAAAAGGUUUCAAUUAGGUUAUAUUUUACGAAAUUCGGAGAAAACUUUUAUUGCUACUAUUGUGGUUAAAGUAGAAACUUGAAUUUUAUUUUUAUAUAAAGGAGUCACAAAUGAAUAAAUCAACACCAAACAACGUGCCAUAAUUAUUAAAUGCAAAAGAACAAUUAAAACAAACACUUCUAUCAUAAAGUUUUAUAUAGAAUGAUAUACAGCAGUGUUAGGUAUCUACACACAAAAUCAUUUUUUCUUUAUUAUUGUAUUACACAUUUCUUUAAAAGAUGUUUCCGGAAGGACUGCUGACUGCACUACACUACACCCCUCCUGUAAUUAGGAUUAGGAAUCACGUGAACUUUAAUUUUUUUUUUUUCAA